GGGAGCGCGGCGAAGCGGGGGGUGGGAUCUGAACAUGGCGGCGGUGGUAGCUGCUACGGCGCUCAAGGGCCGGGGGGCCAGAAAUGCCCGCGUCCUCCGGGGGAUUCUCUCCGGAGCCACCACGAACAAGGCUUCCCAGAACCGGACCCGCGGGCUGCAAAGCCACAGCAACCCGGAAUGCAAGGAGGAGGAGCCGGAGCCCCUGUCCCCUGAGCUGGAAUACAUUCCCAGAAAGAGGGGCAAGAACCCCAUGAAAGCCGUGGGACUCGCCUGGUACAGUCUGUACACGCGCACCUGGCUCGGGUACCUCUUCUACCGCCAGCAGCUGCGCCGAGCACGGAACCGCUACCCCAAGGGCCACUCCAGGACCCAGCCCCGCCUCUUCAACGGAGUGAAGGUGCUUCCCAUCCCCGUCCUCUCGGACAACUACAGCUACCUCAUCAUCGACACCCAGGCCCGGCUGGCUGUGGCUGUGGACCCCUCCGACCCUCAAGCCGUGCAGGCUUCCAUUGAAAAGGAGGGCGUUAACCUGGUUGCCAUUCUCUGCACCCACAAGCACUGGGACCACAGUGGCGGGAACCGUGACCUCAGUCGGAGGCACCAGGACUGUCGUGUGUACGGGAGCCCCCAGGACGGCAUUCCCUACCUCACCCAUCCCUUGUGUCAUCAAGAUGUGGUCAGCGUGGGACGACUCCAGAUCCGGGCUCUGGCCACCCCCGGCCACACGCAAGGCCAUCUGGUCUACCUGCUGGAUGGGGAGCCCUACAAGGGGCCCUCCUGCCUCUUCUCAGGCGACCUGCUCUUCCUCUCUGGCUGUGGACGGACCUUUGAGGGCACGGCGGAGACCAUGCUGAGCUCGCUGGACACUGUGCUGGGACUAGGGGAUGACACGCUCCUGUGGCCUGGUCACGAGUACGCAGAGGAGAACCUGGGCUUUGCGGGCGUGGUGGAGCCCGAGAAUCUGGCCCGGGAGCGGAAGAUGCAGUGGGUGCAGCGGCAGCGGAUGGAGCGCAGGAGCACGUGCCCGUCCACGCUGGGCGAGGAGCGCUCCUACAACCCGUUCCUGCGGACGCACUGCCUGGUGCUGCAGGAGGCGUUGGGCCCCGGCGGCCCCGGGGACGAUGGCUACUCUCGGGCCGAGCUCCUGGAGAAGCUGCGCCGGCUGAAGGACCUGCACAAGAGCAAGUGACGCCCCCCUGCGCCCAGCGCGCCCACCGCCCCUCCCCCGCCCCCACCCACACCCCUCAUCUCUCUCAUUGCGCCCACCGCCACCUCCACGGGUGACCCUUCCCGACACUGCGCAGGGGCUGAGAGGGUCCAAGGUGAUGGGGACCUGUUAGCCUGGGUCCUCGGGACCCCCCCCCAACAGAAAGCGACACUCCACCCCCCACCAGCAGCACCACCACCACCUCCCUUCCCCAUCCCGGCCGAGAGGACCCAGGCGCUGGAGCCUUGGGGACAGCCAGAAGGUCCCUCUCCACCUGCUUCUCCCCUCCAGGGUAGGAAAAGAAAUGCAGCCCCCCCCACCCCCCAGAGUGACCCGGAAUGUGCAUUGGUCAGAGGGGGGGUCCUCCUUGGGGAGACCCUGUUGGACAGGGGCAUCUGAGAAAGCCCAAGUCUGCUGGCUCGGUGGCUGCCUUACAGCCCCGAAGAUGGGGUAGGGGGUCUUGCUCCCGAGGAAACCCAGACCUCAUCGUGAGGAGACCCUGGAAGCCAGGAAGCCCCUCCAUGCCACGGGUCCCACGCAGCCCCUCACAGCGGGCCCAGGCCUGCCCGUGGCCUCUGCCCCUGCCCUGGGCCCAGAAGGCCCAUCCCCUCCCAGGGGAGAGAGUGCCACCGCCGGCCUCAGCCCGCUGCCUCCUCCUUUGCCCCUCGGUCUUGGCGCUGCUAACGCCUGCUCCUGCCUCAGCCCCUUGCCCCUCUCACUUAAGUAAAGACUGUUCAUCUGGCCCUUAGCAGUUUGCCAAGAACGUUUCCCACACGGCCCUCACCCAGUCCUUGGUCCCGUCCAAGCCAGGGAAGCUUGGGGAAGGUGGCGGUCGUCCUGGGUCCUUAAGUGAGUGGAAGAUUCCCAGGAUACCAGGCUCAGCCCUCCUUUCAGCUCAUUUUCUCCCCCAGAUGCCCCAGGUUCUGGAGGGUUCCAGAGGGUUCCAGAGGGUUCUAGAAGGUUCCAGAGCCUUCCAUCAAAAAGGAACCCUUUGGACCCCGUCCAUCAUUACCUGGGGCCAACCAGGAGCUCUCUCUCUCUCUCUUUCUCUCUCUCUCUCUCUCUCUCUCUCCCUCUCCCUGGACCCCCACCAUCCCACAAAGCUCUGAUCACCUCUGGCGAGGCUCCAAGAUGAUCCCUGGCCUGCCCACCCUCAUCUUCCUCUCCUGCCUCUGCCUCCCCCCACCCUUCUUGAGCACAGCCUCUGGCACCAACUCUAGCAAUACCGUCAGACUAGUUAGAUCCCAGCCUUCCCCAGACCUGCCAUCCUGCCUCUGUGCCUUCGCUCCCGCUCCCUCCAGACUGGAAUGCCUUUCCCUGCCCCUCCCGCCCGGUCUGCCUGGCAAAACCCCAUUUCAUCUCUCGACACCCCCCUCUCCAAGGCCCCUUCCUCCAGGAAGACGGCCCUCAUGCCCCUCCCCCACCAGGCUACCUCCGCUCUUUGUAAAUGCUUCUUCUCCCGUGACCCCCCCUUCACACUGUAUUUUACUGUUUACACGUUUGUCCGUCUCUUCCCCUUCUAGACUGUGAACCCUACAGGGCAUGGACUGUAUCUUAUGCAUCUCUGUAUUUCCGCGCCUAGCACGGUGCCUGGAACACAGUAGGCGCUCAAUAAAUGUUCAAUAAAUGAAUGAAUGAUUUCACCGAA